UUCUAAAAAACAUUGUCGUUUUUUCUGCAAUUGCUUAACCGCAACACUGAACAACACAGUAUCACUUGAUACUCGACAACAAAAACGACAACGUAUUUGGUCGCCGCAAAAAGUUAUCUAUUUUAUGUUCCUGCGAAUUUCUCCACUAAUCAAAAAGCUUCAAUUCAAUUCAACAAUGCUUCAAUAGUGUAGCUUUUGAAUCCAUUCAAUCCAUGGAAAUUCUCAUCUCUUCAACCUCCAAAACCAUUCCAUUCCCAUUUUUCUGCAACCCCAAAACUCUACAUCCAAAAUUCUCAUCCAACUGUAACAAACCUUUUCUGACUCACAGAAACCACUCCCCUUUCUAUCUAACAACUUCCAUUUCGAGAAAGUUUCAAACUUGGGCCCAUUUCGGACGACCCUCCAACCGCCGUAAUUCUCUGAGGAAUAAGCUUCUUCAUGAUAACCAGGUACGCCUCAAACGCAUUCCCAAUGACCCAUCUUCUGUUUCUAGUAAUGAUGUUGCAGAGAGUGAUGUGAGUUUUCAAAGGGUGGUUGUUAAUAAUGAAAGUGUUGUUGAAUUGGAAAAAGAAAAAUCUAAGCUUUUGGGUGAAUCUGUUAUGUUGAAUAAAUUGGAGAAUUGGGUUGAUCAGUAUAGUAAAGAUAUUGAGUUUUGGGGUAUUGGGUCUGCUCCUAUAUUUACUGUUUAUGAAGAUUUAUUAGGAGGUGUUAAAAGGGUUUUAGUUGAUGAAGAUGAGAUUUUGAAAAGAGUUAGGGUUCAGAAAGGUGGAAAUGAAGUUGAGGAUUUAUCUGAAGUGAAGUGUAAAAUUUUGGAGGCUAAGAAGCUAGCGAGGGAUAUGGAGAGUGGUGAUAAUGUGAUUGCAAGGAAUAGUUCUGUGGCUAAGUUUGUUGUUCAAGGUAAGGAGGAGAAGGGGGAGGAGGGUGGUUUUGUUAAGGCUGUCCGUGGCUUUGUCGUUCAACCACGGUUGCCUUCGCAGCUUUCUGGGGUUGGUGGCAAAGUAUUGAUUGUUUUGGUUGUAAUGUUUGCGGUGAAGAAAUUGUUUAGUUUUGGAGAUAAAGAGGUUCGGUAUACAGAAGCAGAGAAGAAAAUGAUGAUGAGGAAGGUAAAGGCUAGAAAGGAGAAAGAGAUGCUGACGAAGGGUGCUGUUGAAGUUAUUCAUGAAUCUAAGGAGACACCGGUGAAAGGCGUUAAAAAGCCGAAGUUAGAUAAGGAACAGCUUAAGAAUAAUAUUCUUAAAGCUAAAGCUUCUUCUGAUAAACUUGUAGUUCGGGAUUCGUCUGAUGAAGUGAGAACUGGAUCGGUUGAUAUGGACUAUAAAGUUCGAGAGAUCAGAGAAAUGGCUAAGCGGGCAAGGGAAAUUGAAGGAAGAGAUCGUUCUCUUGUUAGUAAGGAUGUCGGAACGGAUGAUCCUGUCAGUGGGAAAUCCUCCAAUGAGAGUGAAGAUGUUAAAAAGAAUGGCAAACAAGAUGACAGUUUAAGUAAUCAUCAAAAUGAAGUUGCCAGGAAAACAACAUAUAGUAAUGGAGUUCUGCAAACUACUUCCGAUGAUCUCACGGAGAGCGGUGAAAAUUCAAUUCUGCAUGACGUAGAUCGUGAUGAUAGAGAAAUUAAUGAAGUGGAAAUAGAAAUCAAUGGAAAUGCUAUGACCCUCGAGGACAGCAAAGACGAAAAAUCCUUAUGUACUCCGAUAAAUGGCUCAUUUGUAACUAAUAAAAGUUCAGCGAACAAGAAACCGAGAAUCAUACGGUCUGUUAAGGAAGCUAAGGAUUAUCUUUCAAAGAAACAUGACAAACAAAAUCCUUAUACAAAAUCUCCAAUUAAAAUCGAGAAAGAAAAUAUUGCUGAUUCAAAGCCUUCCAAAUAUGUUGAUUUUAACGACUUGAAGUCGCAAAAUUUGGAGAUGAAUAAUACAAUUGUGUCCAGAAAUGACACAUUAAACGGAUUUCCGUAUUCCGAGCCUGACAUAAAUGUCAGUGAAGAUUCUAAUCACAGGGAAAGGGAAAAGAGCCCGACAGAGAACAAUUGCUCGAAAGAUUCUGGUAUUGAACCUGGAUUUGAGGAUUUUCAAAAGUCCGAGACCACUUUAGACCAUGAAAUUAACGGCAUUGAUACAGAAGGAAAGGGAAAAGAGCCCGACAGGGAAAGAUUGCCGUAUUCUAAGCCUUACAUAAAUGCCAGUGAAGAUUCUAAUCAAAAGGAAAGGGAAAAGAGCUCGACAGAGAAUGAUUGCUCGAAAGAUUCUGGUAUUGAACCUGGAUUUGAAGAUCUUCAAAAGUCCGAGACCACUUUAGACCUUGAAAUUAACGGCAUUGGUACAGAAGGAAAGGGAAGAGAGCCCGAUAGGGAAAGAUUGCUGUAUUCUAAGCCUGACAUAAAUGCCAGUGAAGAUUCUAACCAGAAGGAAUGGGAAAAGAGACCGACAAAGAAUGAGUACUCGAAAGAUUCUGGUAUUGAACCUGGAUUGGAAAACCUUCAAAAGUCUGAGAUCACUUUAGACCGUAAAGUUAACGGCAUUGGUACAGAAGCAAAACUAUCGGUGGAGAAAAGCUUCCAUGAAGUUGAGCCAACAAUCGAACAAAAUAGUAGUGAUACUUUAAAUAUGAUAUCAGAUUCUAAGCCUGACCUAAAUCCGAGUGAAAAUUCUGAUGAGAAGGAUAAUAAAUUCAGCCAAACAAAGAUUGACAACAUUAAAGACUCUGAUGUUGAACCUGGAAUGAGAAAUCCUCAAAAUUGUGAGACUACUUCAGGCGAUGAAAUUAAUGGUGAUAGACCCAAGUCAAAAUUUACUGGAAAGACAGAAAAUUGGCUGGAGACAAAUUUCCAUGAAGUUGAGCCUAUAAUUAAACAAAUUAGAGCUGGAUUUCGAGAUAACUACGCGAUUGCAAAAGAAAGAGUUGAUCAAACUUUGGAUAUACCAUCCGAGACGGAGUCACUUGGAAUUGGUGAAGAUGGCGGCGAACUUGACUGGAUGCAGAAUGAACAUCUUAGGGACAUUGUGUUUAGAGUCCGUGAUAAUGAAUUGUGUGGACGGGAGCCAUUUCAUUUGAUGAAUGACAAAGAUAAAGAAGCUUUCUUCGAAGGUCUUGAAAAAGAAGUAGUGAAAGAAAACAAAAAACUUUCUCACCUCCAUGAGUGGCUCCAUUCAAAUAUCGAAAAUCUUGAUUACGGAGCAGAUGGCAUUAGUAUAUAUGAUUCACCAGAAAAAAUCAUACCGCGUUGGAAAGGACCUUCCGUGGAGAAAAUUCCCGAGUCCCUAAAUGAAUUCCUCAAGAAAAAAACAAAGACAACUUCCUCCAAAAAUUUGAACCCGGUGAAGAAGGAUGAGAAGGACUCUACUAAAAAUUCAGCUGAUUCAUCUUCAAAAGUAAAGGUUGAUGGUUCUAUAGCACCGAUUAAGAAGUCAAAAACACCAAAGACUAUUGUUGAAGGAAGUGACGGUUCUGUUAAAGCUGGCAAAAAAUCAGAGAAGGAAUAUUGGCAGCACACGAAGAAAUGGUCACAGGAAUUUUUGGACUGUUACAAUGCUGAGACAGACCCUGAAGUUAAGUCCGUAAUGAAGGAUAUCGGGAAGGAUUUGGAUCGUUGGAUCACUGAAAAAGAAGUCGAGGAUGCAGCUGAUCUGAUGAACAGAUUGCCUUAUAAGAAUAGGAGUUUCGUGGAAAAGAAACUCAACAAACUUAAAAGAGAGAUGGAGUUGUUCGGACCGCAAGCAGUGGUUAGCAAAUAUCGUGAAUAUACAGACGACAAAGAAGAAGAUUACUUAUGGUGGUUAGAUCUUCCAUAUGUACUGUGCAUUGAGGUCUACACAGUUGAAGAUGAAGAACAAAGAAUCGGAUUUUAUUCAUUAGAGAUGGCUCCCGAUCUUGAAUUGGAGCCUAAACCAUGUCAUGUAAUUGCUUUCCAAGAUCCCGGUGAUUGUAAAAACCUUUGUUACAUAAUUCAAACACAUAUGGAAAUGCUUGGAAGUGGCAGUGCCUUCGUUGUUGCACGACCUCCUAAGGAUGCUUUUCGAGAUGCUAAAGAAAGCGGUUUUGGUGUUACUGUCAUCAAGAAAGGUGAAAUUCAGCUUAAUAUAGACCAACCACUAGAAGAAGUGGAGGAACAGAUUACAGAGAUUGGAAGCAAAAUGUAUCAUGAUAAGAUGAUGAAGGAUCGAGCCGUGGAUAUAAACUCGAUAAUGAAGGGUGUGUUUGGUGUUAAUGUCUCCGACAAGAGGUUAAAGAGGAAGUUGAAGUAAUGUGGAAGGGUUGGUUCAACUUCAAACUACUUUCACAAAUGAAAAUGGUUGAAGAAAAUUAAGGCAUGCAUGCAUUGUAGAAUAAGUUAAUUUCUUUUGUAGUUUUUUCUUUACACAUAUUGAUUAGGGUUGGUUGUAUAUGAUUGAGAAAAAUAUAGUCAAAAAUUAUAAUAGUUGAUGAUGAUAAUUUGAUGGCAUGGUGAGAAUUUUUGCAUCAAGAAUGUUGUUUAGUAGAAGGGAUUAGUAAUGAAAAUGAGUUAUUCUUUAGUC